AUGGCACCGCUAAGUCGUUGCGACGUACCCAACCCGCUGUCACCUAGAUCAUCGGUGAACGAUACUAGCACCCUUCCUUCGCCUUUAAGCCUCAAUCCUGGAGAGAUUCGCUCUUCUCGAGAUGAUCAGCAUGAAGCGAAACUUCAACAAUGCUGGGACAAAUCAAUCGCAAACUAUCUGGAUCUGCCAGAUGGAUACCGGAAUGUACAUGUUUUGGUGAUCAAAUGGCAAGACGCGAUAGAUCAGCUGAACGUGCGGCAAGAGGUCGACGACCUGACGAAUGUCUUCAAAAAGGUCUUCAAUUACGAAGUGACCGAGCUACAACUAGAAGAGAAGAGUCCGCAAAUCCAGCUUGAGAUGGGAAUAUUAAACUGGGUGUACGAAAACGAUGAUCCAAACAAUCUGCUUAUAGUAUACUACGCCGGUCAUGGUGUUUAUGACCAAGCUCUCAAGGUCCUCGAGCUCUCACCGACUGAGGAUGGAGAUAAUACCCUUCGAGCAAUCUGGAAUGACGCUGAGAGGACACUAAUCGAAAAAGUAAAAGCCAACGUCCUCACUAUCAUGGACUGCUGCUACGCCGGUGAUCUUAUGCGCAACGUCUCGGAGCACGGUCGAACAUUCGAGAUGAUAGCCGCUUCACGUAUGGGCGCGCCCACCCCUGGGCCCGGCGAGAACUCUUUCACUCGUUGCCUCAUUAGACAGCUGAAGGUGUUAGCCGUACAAAGCUCCGGUGGUAGUUACUUUGACACCCACGAGCUUGUUGAGCGCAUAGAAAAGGAACGCUCUGACCAGCCUCCGAGACUAUUCCGGCGAAUCCCAGGCAGCAGCCGACACAUUGAGUUGAGGAGACUCAAGCCAAAGAAUGAGCGUCCGACGCAGAAACCUAGCAUAACCUCCCACGCACGCUUUCUGCAUCUGGGGUUUGCGCUGAAGAAUGAGACCAUUGACGAGAAGCAGAUCCAAUACUUGACGAAGGAGCUUCCGGCCUUGUUCUCGAGUAUACGGCUCCCAUUGGUCAAUAUCAAGUGGCUGGGAUGUAGGAAAGAGGGGAAACCGACGCUGAAGGAUAUCGUGCGCUUCGUAUCAGAAAAUCGGAACGCUCUUUCUGUGGUUACGCCGCCGCCUUCAGGGAGGAAGAGAAGUGCUGAUGAGGCGGAUUUGGACGAGUCUGUGUCGGAUCGACGGUGGUCCAAGCAACCCAUGUUGAAUACAUAUGCCUCUCUUGGGGAGUAG